CGCAGCCGCAUCCACGGCCUCGGCGUCUACUGCACCGUCCCGCUUCCCGCCAAGUGCGCGGCGCUGGAAUACGUCGGCGAGAUCAUCUCAGACGCAAACGCAGACGCUCGAGAGGCGGCGGAGAAGCGAUCCAUCUUGGCGCGCGCGUCGACGUACAUGUUCGCGCUGGACCCCGUGAACGGGACGGUGGUGGACGCCGCGCGCAAGGGGAACGCGACGAGGUUCGUGAACCACUGCUGCGAGCCCAACUGCGUGACGCGCGUCGUCGUCGUCGGCGGGGAGAAGAAAAUAUUGCUCUUCACCUCCCGCGACGUCGCCGCGGGGGAGGAGCUGACGUACGACUACAUGUUCAAGCCGGAUCUGCCGGAGAACGAGGCGCCGUGCGACUGCGGCGCGGAUACGUGCAGGGGGAUCAUCAAC